AUGAGUGAGCAUGAUCAAGAAGUUCAAGAAGUUCAAGAAAAUGUUCAAGAAAUUCACCGUCCAGUACCCCGUUUGAAUGAAAGGAUUCUUUCAUCUUUGUCAAGGAGAUCAGUUGCUGCACACCCUUGGCAUGAUCUUGAAAUUGGACCUGGAGCUCCCCAUAUUUUCAAUUGUGUUGUGGAGAUCACUAAAGGAAGCAAGGUCAAAUAUGAACUUGACAAGAAAACUGGAUUAAUUAAGGUUGAUCGAAUUUUGUAUUCUUCAGUUGUUUAUCCUCAUAACUAUGGUUUUAUCCCUCGUACACUCUGUGAAGACAAUGAUCCAAUUGAUGUCCUGGUUCUCAUGCAGGAGCCCGUCCUUCCUGGUUGUUUCCUGCGAGCCAGAGCCAUUGGACUCAUGCCAAUGAUUGAUCAGGGAGAGAAAGAUGAUAAAAUCAUUGCAGUAUGUGCUGAUGAUCCAGAAUAUAAGCACUUUACUGACUACAAGGAACUUGCACCUCAUCGCAUCAUGGAAAUUCGACGCUUUUUUGAAGACUACAAAAAGAACGAGAACAAGGAGGUGGCAGUGAAUGAUUUUCUACCUCCAAGCACUGCUGUUGAAGCCAUCCAGUACUCAAUGGAUCUUUACGCAGAAUAUAUUCUGCACACCUUGAGGCGAUAGACAAGAAUGUUGUUCUCCAAUCUCCAUUAAUAAAUCAGAAUAAGCUGCAAUCUACACAGUUCUAAAGUACCUUUUGAUCAACCGUGUCUACACACUAUUAUUUUUUAUUUUUUAUUUAGUUAGAUAAUAUACCACUUGAUUGGUUCAUCAAGUGGAAAAUGACUAUCAACUGCGCUUGAUAUGUAAUGCUUCUCAUGUAGAAUCCUAUUAUGUUUAUAUCAAUUUUGACUCAACAUACUUGUAAUCUUCAUUCCAUAAAAAAUUGCAAGAUGUUUGA